GAUACAAUCAAAUUUGAACUUAAUUUGUUUGAUUCUGGAACGCCCAUUGAGAAUUUACCCUUAGAAAAAUUUAUGUCUUUUUUUACACAUGCAUCAGUAUCCAGUUGUAACCUACAUCGAUUCAUCCAAUUUCUCAUAAAACUAUCCUAUAAAGAGUCUUUAAAAUUAAUUUUGACACCAGAAAAUACCAUUUAUUGGUAUGAACAAGGUGCUAGAGAUACUUGGACAUCAAAAAUCUCUGACAAAUUAGUAGAACAAGCGGUUAAAGAAAAGAACACAUUUAAGGAACCAGAGGCAAAUCUGAAAGAUAAAUUUUUUUGGCAUAACUUGAGCCAGUGGAAUUCUGGGCUUAAAAGCACAGAACAAUUUCUUAAUUUGUCAGUAAAUGUUGAACACAUUAAGAAGCAAAAAAAAGAAGAAGACAUACAUAAACGUUUUUUUGAUAAUAUUAAGAAGCUGAAGUCAAAUGACAAAUUUUACGAAAUUACUACCAUAAACAACAAAACUGAACUACUAAAUCAAAAAAUAAUUAAUAAUUGCCAUGAUGCCAUUUUAGAAAUGAAUUUAGUAAACCUCCCUCCUAAUCAUCCUCUUAAAUCAUGGCAUGCCAUUAAAUUUUUAAUACCUCUGAAUACUUAUUUACAAGCUAAGAAUGACUUUGAUGCGCUUUUUAAUUUUAAUUUUAUGUUCAACCCUCCUGAAGGAGUUGAAACUUGGAUAGAUAGCAUUUGGGACAAUGAAAUUGAAGAAGUUACACGACCAGACUUGAACGGAGUUGAUGAACGUUUUUUUAAGAAUAGUGUCGAGGAGCUAUUUAAAUUAAUUGAUAAAUGCCAAAAACAAAAUCUAAAAGAAAUUAAUGAAGCAACUUGGUUGCAGAUGUUAUAUCCUCAGAUAGAUGCUGCAGUUGCAGACUUUGCUCAACUAAUCCCACAGAACACCUCUAAUUCACUCUCACAACUUAUCGGGUCAGACGAAUCGCGAAAACCGGAUUAUACUGUUUUUUGUAUCACAAAAGAUAAUCCUUCACUUGAAUUCGCAGCAUUGUUCUUAGAAGGUGCAAAGCCAGUAAAGAAAGAUGAAUUAGGAGACAGAAAAAGUCAAUUGGAUAAAGAACGGCUUCAGUCGAUAAUCAAACUAUAUUUUGAUUACAUUUUGGCUCGCAUUCAAUCUAAUUAUGGGGAAUUUUUAACAAGAGAACUUUCAAAGGAGAUAUUAGCUAUUCCUCUUAUUACAAUGCAGGCAACCGGAACUGAACUAAUCAUUAGCAUAAGCGAUCAGCAAGCACUUCCUCUAAUAAGGAGUUCCAUUUUAGCAAGGAUAACUAUUCCUUAUUAUAAGGGUGUAAAUGCGGAAGAAAGGUUUAUCCAAAAAAUUCGAGCCAAAAAUCUUGUCCUUUCAAUGUGGAUAGUGAGAAAGAUUCUUAAGAUGAUUAGCGAUCAUUGGUCUAGAGUCAUCAAAAAAAUUCUUGAGUCAAAAGAAGCAUCACCCGAACAUAAGAUCAACUUAAUAAAUAAAAAGGCUAGAUAUAUGAGUUUCGAAUUUGGAAAGCACGCGCCUGUUAAAUAA